AAAAACCCUGUGAUCUGUGGUUUAUCAGGAACUUCUCAGAGAGAAUCAGAGUGAGGAAGCCUUUGAGAAUACCCGUCACAAACAGGAAGAGGAUGACAGAGGACAAGGGACAAACAAGUGUUGCUGCCUGCCGGUCUGCUGCUUUCCAUUCACCUCUAAAGUUGGGAGUUUUAGAUCUGGGAAUGACUCCAAGCUCAACUUUACCUCCUAAAAACAGGACGCAACUCCCCGUCACUGAAGGAGCUCUCCAGUUCUGUAACAGUAUCAUGCAUGCAGUGGGAGAAAUUUUCCAAGAGAGAUGUUUUGCUGGUCCCUCGCCCCCUGCACCGUGUCGAAGGGACUUCCUGACGAGACCUUUUCUUUCUGAUCAAUGUCCGAGUUACAACAAUGGACGCGGAGUUGGAGUUUGCCAUCCUGCCAAGCACGACUGGCAAACAGCUUUUUGACCAGGUGGUGAAGACGAUCGGACUAAGAGAAACGUGGUUCUUCGGCCUUCAGUAUCAGGACAGCAAAGGCUUCUCCACCUGGCUCAAGAUGAACAAGAGAGUGACGGCUCAAGAUGUGAAGAAGAACAACCCCCUGCUGAUUAAGUUCAGGGCCAGGUUUUACCCGGAGGAGGUAGCCGAGGAGCUGAUCCAGGAGGCAACGCAGCGCCUCUUCUUCCUGCAGGUGAAGGAGAGCAUCCUGAACGACGACAUAUACUGUCCGCCCGAGACUGCAGUGCUCCUGGCAUCGUAUGCAGUGCAAGUCAAACACGGAGACUACAGCAAAGAUUAUCACGUACCGGGAUACCUCACCAAAGAGAAGUUGCUGCCACAGAGGGUUUUGGAGCAGCACAAGCUGAAUAAGAAUCAGUGGGAGGAAAGAAUCCAGGUGUGGCAUCAAGAGCACAAGGGAAUGCUGAGGGAGGACGCAAUGCUGGAGUAUCUGAAGAUAGCCCAGGACCUGGAGAUGUACGGGGUCAACUACUUCAACAUCAAGAACAAGAAAGGGUCCGAGCUGUGGCUGGGGGUGGACGCGCUGGGGCUGAACAUUUAUGACAAGAAAGACAAGAUGACCCCAAAGAUCGGCUUCCCCUGGAGUGAGAUAAGAAACAUCUCAUUCAACGACAAGAAAUUUGUCAUCAAGCCAAUUGACAAGAAAGCCCCGGACUUUGUUUUCUAUGUACCUCGUCUCCGCAUCAACAAACGCAUCCUGGCAUUGUGCAUGGGAAACCAUGACCUGUACAUGCGCAGACGCAAACCCGACACCAUCGAGGUGCAGCAGAUGAAGGCCCAGGCCAGGGAGGAGAAGAACAAGAGGCAAAUGGAGCGGGCUCUGCUUGAGAGCGAGAAAAAAAAGCGAGAAAACGCCGAGAAGGAAACGGAGAAGAUUGCCCGGGAGACCAUGGAGCUGAUGGAACGAUUGAGACAGAUUGAAGAGCAGACAAAGAGAGCUCAAGACGAGCUGGAAGAGCAGACCCGCAGAGCCCUGGAGUUGGAAAAGGAGAGAACAAUCGUUCAGGAGGAGGCAGAGCGUCUGGACUACGACCGCAGAGCUGCAGUGGAGGCGAAAGCGGCCCUGCUGCACCAUUCCGAGACCCAGAUCAAGAGCCAGGAAGGCCUGGCCACUGAGCUGGCUGAGCUUACCACUAAGAUCUCCCAGCUGGAAGAAGCCAAGAAGAAAAAGGACGAGGAGGCGCAGCAAUGGCAGAAAAGGAACUCUGCUCACCCCCACAUGCACGAGCACGACGAGACGGACGAGAGCAGCGCCGAGGCGAGCGCCGAGCUGACCGCCCCCGGCAUGGUCCGCGACCGCAGCGAGGAGGAGAGGGUGACGGAGGCGCAGAAGAACCAGCGGCUGCAGAAGAACCUGAAGUUCCUGAGCACCGAGCUGGCCAGAGCCGUAGACGAGAGCAAGAAGACCCCCAAUGACCUGAUCCACGCUGAGAACGUGAGGGCAGGCCGUGACAAAUACAAGACCCUGCGUCAGAUUCGCCAGGGCAACACGAAGCAGCGCAUCGACGAGUUCGAGUCCAUGUAAGACGGCGAAGGCUCAGAGCUGCGCUGCACAGCGAGGACGAAGUGGAGAUUUUAGAUGAGUAGAGGCUGAUUAUUACCCAGGAAAACGUCUCGAUGUAACCGAAUGUGACAGAAAAAUAAUUUAUCACGCUGUGAGUUCUUUGGCGUCUCCUUUUUUUUUCUGUUUUUUUUUUUUUCUGUUUUUUAUUUUUUUUAUUUUUUAUUUUUGGAAAAUAACAAACUGCCCCCUGAAAGCACGUCUCAAGUUCCACCCAGUAGUUGGAAACUUGUAUCUUUCUCGCCCUUUGUUCCCCCGCCUGAUGUCCCGGACAGUCUGAUUACACACACACACACACACCCACACACACACACAGAGCUGCCAUUUUAAAACGACCGUCCUUGUGAAACAUUUCCCCGCCGUGGACCGAUCGGGAAAAGAUUUUGAGCCGCUUUGCAGGUAUUCCAUGUUACACUUGUUGUCUGUCUUAGAGAAUUAAGAGGAAAAAAAAAAAGUGAGCUUCUCCUUCAAUGUGCCUAAUGAGGCAUAUAGUCACCAAUUAUAACUUUUGCCAUUCAUGUACACAAAACACCGAGUUCCCAGCAUCAUCUCCUCAUCACUGCACUUACAGUUUUAUUACCCAGUCUUGCAAAAAUGAAUGUGUUUGGAUACAAAUCAAAGAUUUGGAGCAGUUCUGUUGGGUCUUUAUUCCCUCCCCGCCUCCCCUCCUCUAAUGAAUGAAAAUACAAAGGUACAUUAUUAGGCUAUAUUUGUUUGGUUUACUGUUAAUAAUUGUUUUAAACAUGAGUGAAUUGUUCACACUUGUAAGCUUGUCAUAGUUAGAGAAUAAAGAGAGAGUGCACCCUGGGUACAUGUCGGUUUAUAUUUCA